UAUUAAAUCUUCAAAUAGUGCAUCAUGAAUACUUUUAUUAAUACAUUUAUUCCAAACUGUCUAAACUGCAGGUUUCUGCUGCAGCAAUUACACAACAAGGCCAGUGGAUGUCACUGUAUCCUCAGGUUUCAUGUGUGAGGCGGUGUCAGACUCUGAGUAGAAUCAUUCAGCAGGACCACAAUAGUCGCUCAGUCUUUUUAAAGCAGGAAACAUGGACUGUUCGGCUCCACUUUGACACAACCUGCAGCACAGGCAGCAUCUCCAGUCUCUCACCCUGUCCUCUGUCAGCGGGUACCUGUGUUGAAAUCACCGGUUGUGUUUCAGCCUAGACUUCACAGCAGCAGCUUGUUUUGCUGCUGCAUAAUUACAGGUUUAUUGCCCAGGCUGUGGAUCAAACUCUUCAAAUCUCCCGUUAGGCCCCAGCAGAGCCAAUGAGAUGCAGCGAUAACUGUGGUGACCAGCAACCGCUCAAUUAGUCACAACACCUUCUGGCUGACACAUCUCGGCCUGUUGCGUCACAGUUCCGCCAGUUUACCGUCCUCACGUUGCCUCGAGCUGUUUCAUGUUGAGGUUUCACAGUGAGGUCAGAAGCCGUGGAAGCUCCCUGACAGGGUUUGAGUUGGCAGCUGCAGCCUGGAUGUGAGAUCCAGCCUCGGUGUGCGAUGAGAGGACCUGCGCUCCCUCUGUGUCUGCUGCUCUGCAUAGUGGGAGCAGCUGUUCUCAGGACUCAUGGUGAAGUCACAGCCCCAGCCAGCCUGACUGCAGAGGCUGGCCAGCCCCUCCUGCUCAGCUGUAACAUCACCACGGCGACCGGCAACACCAUCCAGCAGGUCCGCUGGCUCAGCAGGCACGACAAGCUCCUCCUGGCCUACGAUCCACGCGUGCCGGUGCGCAUCAGCCACCAGGAGCCCAGCGUGCAGCUCACCGGGCACCACCACGAUGGCAGCUACAUCACCAUCACGAGGCUGAGGCACGAUGACGAGGGCUGCUACCGCUGCAUCUUUGACGUUUUUCCCAAGGGCUCACAAGAGGGCCAGACAUGUGUCAAAGUCACUGGUAAAGUGCGGCUGGCGGGCAACAAGACGGCCACAAGCGGAAACCCUAUCACCCUCUCCUGCCAGUACAGUCUCCCAGAGAGGGUGCUACAGGUGCUGUGGAGGAAGACGGCCGAGCAGGGCGACACCACCACCGUGGCUGCCUACAGCAAGCCUGGCCAACACAAGGUAGAGGAGCAGUUCAGGGGUCGGGUCAGCCUGAGCCGAACUCUGGACGACACCCAGCUGACCAUCCAGCCGGUCAGGACGGAGGACGAGGCCUGCUACACCUGUGAGUUCCACACGUUUCCGGAUGGCAGCAGAAGCGCCACAGCCUGCCUCUUUGUUUAUGUUUUACCCAAACCAGAGGUGACCCACGUGACCUCGUCAUCAGGGAUCACCGAGGCCAACUGCACAGCCCAGUCCCGCCCGGCAGCAGAUAUUAUGUGGGACAUCGGCGGGGACAACCGAACAAUUGGGCCACCCAUUUUGUCCGCCUACGACCAGGGUGACGGCACGACGAUAGUGACGAGCACGCUUCUCUUCCAGGCAGGGCUGCUCAGUGAGCACUCCGUCAAGUGCAUCGUGCAACACCAGGGUCUGGAGAAACCCCUGACGGUGCCCCUCAACACAAAGGUGAGUCCAGUCGUGGUGAUCCUCCUCUCGGUGUGCGGGGUGGUGGCCGUCCUCCUCCUCUGUCUGUGUGUGUGUCUCUGCAAGUGCUUAAUCUGCACAGACGACUGAUUUGCACCGCUGCUUUGAUGAAGGUCCAGCAGAGCUCUGAGUCUGACCUAGCUGCUCAGCGCUGUGCCGUCCGACUCAGCGCGCACAGGACGGGAACAAAGCUUUUUUCUGGGACAACCCUGCUGGCUCACUGCUAGACACAAAGGAAACAGAACUAAAACCACCUUGUUUAACACUAGAUUUUACACUUAUGGUAGAAAAGCUGCUAUAAUUAUUGACAAAAUCACUGUGAUCAGAAAAGAGUUGGGGUCAAAUGAAGCUUUCUAACCUUAAAGAUGUUUCAGUGUGAGGUUAGAUCAGUUCUGCUGUGUUAAAUGGAGUGAUAUGUUAUAUAUUUUUUUACAUACAGGUUGUAUAUAGAUAGAUUUUUGUUCGCUUCUGCUCUUAGUUUGAAGUAUUCUGACUGAAAUAUUAAUAUAAUCUAAAUAAUCUGUGUGACUGUUUUUUUCUGACCACAGCUGCCUCAUAUCUCCUCCGAUAUAAAAGUUUAUAAAACUGUAAAAGACUUCAACACAGUAAGAUAUAAGCAAGUACCUGAUUUUAAUAAAGGUCUGAAAUCCACAGGAAGGGAAGUGUGAUGUGAUCUUGCGUUCUUUAUUUCCAGUUAAAUAUAUGUGCAACACUGAUGCCUAAAAAGGCCUCGAUAGGAUUGAUUAAAAAGCAAACACAAUUUAUCGACACUUUUCCACUGUGGACCUCCAAAAUGUCCACAAAUGUUUUCACUUUGUAAAUUACAGGAAAUCAAAAACAGAGCAGUGGAGCUGAGGCUAAAAUCAGUUUGUGUGCGUGUGCGUGUGCAUGGAUCAUUAUAAAGUAUUUCAUGACCUAGUUGUACCAUACACGGAAAAAUAUAUUAUCACAGACGGGUUUUUUCAAUUUGAAGUCAACACUUGUGUUGAUGUAGCUUUGUUGAACAAACUUGAUGAAGUGGUUGGUUACCAGUUGCUGUAUUUUUUCUUAAAAAUAAGAAACAAUUUUCUUCUUUAAGAAGCAACAGUUUUAGUUUUGCAGGAAAGAGUACAGGGAGUGAUUUUGUGGAACUCUUAUUCUGAUAAUUAAACACAGCUAUUGGAUGUUUACAUCUAAUCUAAUUUCAUACUGAAGUCAAUGAUCUGUAGUUUAUCAGAAGGUUUAAAUCUGAUAAACACCUAAAGUGUUGUUACAGAAUUUAGCAAAAAAUAAUAAAACUGCUGUAGAUAUGAUAUUUUUCUAACAUUGCCUUGUUCCUCUCUGUUUUAUAUUUCUGUCUUCAUUGAUUUUUUUAGCAGUUUUCACUUUCCUGUAUCUGUCAGA